AUGGAUACUUCCGAGCCUAACUGUUCGUCACACAAUUUUCAACCCAAUGAUUUAAUCUGGGCAAAAAUGAAAGGAUUUCCGCCAUGGCCAGCAAAAGUGUUAGAAAGAACCGAAGACACGCCGGCCAGGCGGAUUCCUGUAAUGUUUUUUGGUACAUUGGAGACUUCUUUCAUGAAACCAACCGAUCUUUCGGACUAUGAAGCGCAUCGGUCAGAUCACGAGAUUCCAAGAAAACAAAAAGAUUUCAACAAAGCUGUCCAAGAAAUUCGUAAAGCCGCAGGAAUAGAGUCAGAUUCAGAUGAAAUCAACUUCCCAAUAAUGGAAAGAAAAAGUCCUCCAAGCUCACCGACAGCAGGAAGAAAACGUCAAACUAGUGGGCGAUUUAUGGAUGCAAUAUUGGCCGGUCCGGAUAAAAUGAGAGGCAACCGAUCAGGCAGUGCAUCUACGAAAACACGCUCCCGUGCAUCCAGCAACGCAUCAGCUACCAAAGUUUUGCGAGACAUGAUCCGAAAAGAGAGAAGACAUCGCAUGAACAGUGAGAGCUCACACGGAUCACGGAGAAAGCUUUUGAACAACGCACUUCUGAGUGGCGGAGGGAUUCCAUCGACUUCAGACGCAUUCCCUGAUUAUGCAGAUUCUACAGAUUUCAAUGCACUCUUUGGAGAUGCUAUACUUGGCAACUUCGAUUUGGGCGAUGAUUCGAAAUCAUACAAGUCUAAAAGAUCGCGUGGAAGUUCCAAAGUUUUUGAGGAUAUCUUUAGUAGAAGUCGACACCGAUCUGGAAGUGCAUCUGGUCGACGCUCACGUAUGAUCUCGCUAUCUGGAUUCUCUGGAGUAUCGGAUAUGUUUGAUGAGUUGUUCAACAAUCAAGGUGAUUUGGAUAACCAUGCAGAUCAAUUGAUACUGACUCUCAACAAUAUGCCAUCGGACGGAUCUAUAGACAGGCCCUUGAGUCCAGAACUAUUGACCUUGAAUCCAUUAGAUAGACCCGCGGUGGAGUUUUGUGAUCAAUGUGGGUAUGAGUGUCGAGCUCAAAACGGUGUUUGGAGCUGCAAAUCAGCCCAUUGUGGUGUUAUCAAAACACAGGGUGGAGCAACAGUUCGCGGCAUUCUUGACGAGACAAUACGUAUUCCGAAACUUGAGGUCAAAACUGAGUGUAUCAGUGAUAAUAGUUCUGAGAAAACUGAACUGCCAGUUGUUUUGCCUGCUAAAAGAGUACGGAAACCAAAACGAAACUCUGACGAUGAUGAGUCGGAUGACGAGGACGCUUCGAAACGGUCCAAGGCUGUGAUCAAGAAAAAGAAAAAAGUCCAGGUACUCUCCCCACGUUCGCGAACAUCAAGUCCCACUCCUCAAACACCUUCCGCCACUGUUCUACUCGGUCGGUCGAACUCUCCAACAUCCAGCUCGCAUCGGAUUCGUGAUCGCGCGCGUCCGAAACACUACAAAGUUGAAAAGACACCCGUAAUUUCGGAGAGUGGUCACCGGCACUGUGUCAAUUGCAAUGGCCAAGUCAGACCGCAAAUGUGUGGAGGUAAUCGACAUAGAUGGCGUUGCGUGGACAAGAAGUGCCGAAAGUGGUAUGGAUGGGUUCGUUCUCAUGAAGAGAUACCGAAAAACACUGGACGUAAGAAGAUGACAACAUUUAAAUCGCCAAUCACUAAACCUAUGAAACCUAUAAAACCAAGAAAAGAGGAAGAAGACGAUGGAUAUACUUUGAAGCGAAAAGUCGGACGCCCAUCUAAACACGAUCUGAAGAUUCGCUUGAGGUUACAAAAAGAAGCUGAAGAGAAGCAAGCAGUAGUGAAUGCUGCACGUGCUGCUCAGAUGCUUAGUGAUCCACCAGUUGAGAUGUCUCCCGGAGGCCAAGUUGUUCCACAACCACGUAGAAAGUACACGAAACGAAAGAAAGAUGGACUAGGUGGUGCUAAUGGAAGCAAAAGAGACUUCAGUCCAUUUGAUGAGGAUGUUAAACAUAGACCAGCAUCCCCUAUUUCGGAGCAAACUGCGUCGUACCGUCCAUCUGCGAUGGAGAAACGUGCGAGAUGGUGGACAGGAGAAAAACGAAGGGUCGAUGCGUCACCUGAAAGAGAAUUUGGAACGACUGGCGCUGAUUCAACGGCAGCUUUCAGAAUGAUGGCUCAUGCUGUAAGAUCGGCUGCAGUCACUAGAGCUGACGAAGUUGGCACAGUCAAUGGUUCAUUGGAUCUUCUCAUGGAUAGUCUCAUCGGAUCGAUGGGUCCACUUCUCGCUAACCUGACAAGAUUACCGGCCUUCCGAGACGAUAAUCAGUUGGCACAACAACUAUGGAAUGCAUCUGCUGUCCACAUUCCAACUUUCCAAUAA